GGAGGCGGCGGCGGCAGAUCCGGGCCUGGCGGAGGCGGAAGGGGCGGGCGGACGCGGCCUGACUCUGCGGGACGCGCGAUGCUGAUUAUCUUCUUGGGAAACGUCACUCUUCGUAGGUAAAGAAGAUCUCAGUGAGCUGCAGCAACUUGAGUGUAGAAUGUUACUUGACUUGUGAUUCUGAUGGAGGAAUAACCAGAUCUCAGGCUGCUGCGCUGGAAGACUUUACAGGAAAUACAAGAUGUCAUCGAAUAGGAGUCAGAACCCACAUGGACUUAAACAGAUUGGUCUUGACCAGAUAUGGGAUGACCUAAGAGCUGGCAUUCAACAGGUUUACACCAGACAAAGUAUGGCAAAAUCCAGAUACAUGGAACUCUACACUCAUGUUUAUAACUACUGUACUAGUGUGCACCAGUCUAAUCAGGCACGGGGAGCCGGAGUGCCUCCUUCCAAAUCGAAGAAGGGCCAGACGCCUGGGGGUGCUCAGUUUGUGGGCCUGGAGUUGUACAAACGGCUAAAAGAAUUUCUGAAGAACUACUUGACAAAUCUCCUGAAGGAUGGUGAAGAUUUGAUGGAUGAGAGUGUGCUGAAAUUCUACACUCAACAGUGGGAAGAUUAUAGGUUUUCAAGCAAAGUGUUGAACGGGAUCUGUGCCUACCUCAACCGACACUGGGUUCGUCGUGAGUGUGAUGAAGGACGUAAAGGAAUAUAUGAAAUCUAUUCACUUGCCUUGGUGACUUGGAGAGACUGCUUAUUCAGGCCACUAAAUAAGCAGGUAACAAAUGCUGUGUUGAAAUUGAUUGAAAAGGAAAGAAAUGGUGAAACUAUCAAUACCAGGCUGAUCAGUGGAGUUGUACAAUCUUAUGUGGAGCUGGGUCUGAACGAAGAUGAUGCAUUUGCAAAAGGACCUACACUAACUGUCUAUAAAGAAUCCUUUGAAUCUCAGUUUCUUGCUGACACAGAAAGAUUUUAUACACGAGAAAGUACUGAAUUCUUGCAACAGAACCCAGUCACGGAGUACAUGAAGAAGGCUGAAGCUCGCCUUCUGGAGGAGCAGCGCAGAGUCCAGGUGUACCUGCACGAGAGCACGCAGGAUGAGUUGGCACGCAAGUGUGAGCAAGUACUGAUUGAGAAGCACCUGGAGAUAUUUCAUACAGAGUUCCAGAACUUGCUGGAUGCUGACAAAAAUGAAGACCUGGGCCGCAUGUAUAACCUUGUAUCUCGGAUCCAGGAUGGCCUCGGAGAGCUGAAGAAGCUUUUGGAAACCCACAUUCACAAUCAGGGUCUAGCUGCAAUUGAGAAAUGUGGAGAAGCUGCUCUAAAUGAUCCCAAAAUGUAUGUACAGACAGUGCUGGAUGUCCACAAGAAAUACAAUGCAUUAGUCAUGUCUGCCUUCAAUAAUGAUGCUGGCUUUGUGGCUGCCCUGGACAAAGCUUGUGGUCGAUUCAUAAAUAAUAAUGCAGUGACAAAAAUGGCUCAGUCAUCCAGUAAAUCCCCAGAGCUCCUGGCACGAUACUGUGACUCCUUACUAAAGAAAAGCUCAAAGAAUCCAGAAGAAGCAGAAUUGGAAGAUACACUCAAUCAAGUGAUGGUUGUCUUCAAGUACAUUGAGGAUAAAGAUGUGUUUCAAAAGUUCUAUGCUAAAAUGCUGGCCAAAAGACUGGUGCAUCAGAACAGUGCCAGCGACGACGCCGAGGCCAGCAUGAUCUCCAAGCUCAAACAAGCCUGUGGGUUUGAGUACACCUCCAAGCUGCAGCGGAUGUUCCAGGAUAUUGGCGUGAGCAAGGACCUCAACGAGCAAUUCAAAAAGCACCUGACCAAUUCAGAGCCCCUGGAUCUGGAUUUCAGCAUCCAGGUGCUGAGUUCGGGAUCCUGGCCCUUCCAGCAGUCCUGCACGUUUGCUCUGCCUUCUGAGCUAGAGCGGAGCUACCAGCGCUUCACGGCGUUCUACGCCAGCCGGCACAGCGGGCGCAAGCUGACGUGGCUGUACCAGCUGUCCAAGGGCGAGCUCGUCACCAACUGCUUCAAGAACCGCUACACGCUGCAGGCCUCCACCUUCCAGAUGGCCAUUCUGCUGCAGUACAACACAGAGGAUGCCUACACCGUGCAGCAGCUGACUGACAGCACCCAGAUCAAAAUGGACAUCCUGGCACAAGUUCUACAGAUCCUGUUGAAAUCAAAAUUGCUUGUUUUGGAAGAUGAAAAUGCCAAUGUUGAUGAAGUGGAGUUAAAACCAGACACCUUAAUAAAACUGUAUCUUGGCUACAAAAACAAAAAAUUAAGGGUCAACAUCAAUGUGCCAAUGAAGACAGAACAGAAGCAGGAGCAAGAAACUACACACAAAAACAUAGAGGAAGACAGGAAGCUCCUGAUCCAGGCAGCUAUUGUGAGAAUCAUGAAGAUGAGGAAGGUCCUAAAACACCAGCAACUGCUCGGCGAGGUGCUGACACAGCUCUCCUCCAGGUUCAAGCCACGAGUUCCUGUCAUUAAGAAGUGCAUCGACAUUCUGAUCGAGAAGGAGUACCUGGAGCGAGUGGACGGCGAGAAGGACACCUACAGUUACCUGGCCUAAGGCCGCGCUCGCCCGCCAGCCCCGCGUGGGGGCCGUAGGACAAGGGCACAGCACCCUGCUGCCACGUGGCGCUCCCUGUUGAAGAGCUGAGACCAGGACCCCCGUCAGCCCGGCUCAGGUUUCCAUCAGAACUGCUCAGGAUUGACACAUUUCAAGUAUGUAAAUACGGCCCCACGGGCGGGAGGGGCGCCCAGGCCUGUCCUGGCAGGGUUGCAUGCUACUGCAUCUCCAUCCAACACAUCGGCUUAGCAGCACGGGGAGAGCCGGGCUCCACGGACCCAUUGUAACCUGCUAGGAGACCCCAUUUGUAUAGUGUGUUUCAUUUUUUAAUGUGUGAGAAGGAAACCAGGACACAAAAAAAAAACCCCACAAAAGAGGAAUUAAAAGAUUUCUGUACAAGUUGCAUUUUGGUUUUAUUGGUUUAAGUUUCACGACUUCUCUUUCUAAAUGUAAAUAAAAGGUAUAAUGGUUAUGAAAGCUACAGGG